AAACUUUAUUUUGACACGUGCUGAAGUUGUUUAAAUAUUGUAUUUGAUUGUUCUGCAUAUUAUUGAAAGUAAUGUCGGGAAAUGACGGAGAUUCCGACUCUAGCAGUGACUAUGAGGUGGAAUUACAUAUAAAACCUAAAAGAGUGCGUCGCACAGUCAACGAUGACACUGCUGAUCUUUUGGGUAACUUCGACGACGAGAAACGUAAAGAGAUUUUUGAGGGUACUUAUGUAGACAAAGAAAUUGAAGGAAAUCCAAGCGAUUCAGGCAGCAGUGAUGAGGCAGAUAAAUCAGAUGAAAACGACGAUGAUGCUAAAGCUGACCAAGUUGCUGAUGCUGCAGGAGCUGACAGCGAAGACUCCGCGUCCGAGGAGGAAUCAAACGAAGAUGGUCAUAUCACCAGCGACCAGUUAAAUACUCUGCUGCGUGGUGCCUCCAAGGUGAACCGGCACGUGCUGUACGUGACAAAUCUGAACUUUGAGACUACAAGGGAUGAUUUGGAGGCUCACUUUGCAGUUGCAGGGACCGUUAAAUCAAUACGCAUCCCAAAAAAGCGUCGUGGCGGCUUUGCCUUUGUGGAAAUGGUGGACUUGGCCGGCUUCCAGCAAGGCUUUAAAUUACACAACACCGAUUUGCAAGGCAGAAAAAUUAAAGUGCAAAUAUCGGAGGCUGGCAAAAAGAAGUCAGCCAACAAGAAGAACAUUAUGAAACAGAAGAAUCGCAAGCUGGCAGAGAUGCGCAACGAACAGAAAACGUUUACAAAGAGCGGCAAAUUCUUCGAUAAGGAUUUGAAAAAAGAAAAGGCAAAGGAACUGCUGGCACGCAAGCGCUGGCGCAAGCAUCCUGCUCCUAGGAAAAACUAAGAUUUGUACUAUAAUAUAUCUUAUCAUUAGUGAAACAAUUUAUUUUAAUAUAUAUACCUAAUCAAAAUAUAAAA